GCGUAUUAUGGGAUGUGUGGAAUUAAACAGCGAGGGCAGUAGAAAGAAAACAAUAUAUAGCUUAUUAACGAGGUUGAAGUAAACAUGGAGCUAUCGGCUGUUGGAGAGCGUGUCUUCGCUGCGGAGUCCAUCAACAAACAACGCAUAAGAAGAGGUCGAAUGGAAUACCUUGUGAAAUGGAAGGGCUGGUCUAAAAAAUAUAGCACGUGGGAACCGGAGGAAAACAUUCUAGAUGCGCGCCUCUUCGCUGCGUUCGAAGAAAGGGAGCGUGAAAGGGAGUUAUUUGGGCCAAAGAAGAGGGGACCGAAGCCCGAGACAUUUCUGCUGAAGGCAAAGGCGAAAGCCACAGCAAAGACUUAUGAAUGCAGAAGAGAAAUGCCAAGGGGGAUUCGUGUUUCAUACCCUGUUCCGACGCCUAUGAUUACACCGAGAGCUCGAGAGGGACUACGGGCUGUCGUGCCCACAAUCUUUCCCCCUAGCACGGUCAACCGAGGAGAGAGUGUGAGGGUCAGACUGCCAGAGAGAAGGUCGCGACCGGCGCCUCCACCCUCAUUCAUGGCUGAGGAAUUUGUCAACAUCCAUAAAAAAAGGGGCCCUAAACCCAAGUUCCGUUUAGGAUUCAACAUGGAGCCAGACAGCUGUCCAUCAGAGGAGCCCGAGAAGAGGAGUCGGUUAGAGGAGCAGCACGUCCCAUACGGUCUGUCUAAAAUGUCCAGACAUUGUCAUCAUGAAGCCGAAACAUCUGAGAGAAGUGUCAUCCAGUUGACACGCAGGUUUCAAGAGGGAACCAGCAUUGUGCCAAAAUCAAACAACGCUCACAGACGGGUGGGGACUGUGUCCAAUCCUGGCACCCAUAGCCAUGAUGGUAGACUCGUCCAUAAGGCUAGACUCGAUCACCAGAGCCGCAGAACUUUAGAAUGCCCUGGGGGCAUGUCUGUCCCCCACCCCAAACUGAAGCAUGUGUCCAAAAAACAUUUCUACAGAGCCAGUGACUCUUCUUCAUCCAUGCAACAGUCUAGCCCCAUUGUUGGCGCCAAAUUGCCUGCAUCGAGGAGUUUUGGAGAGCAGUCAGCAGGGUCUUGGAGGCCACGUCUGGAUAAUGUUGAGAAGGUGGUGGUAACAGAUGUGACAACAAACUUUUUGACAGUCACCAUCAAAGAGAGCAGCACAGACAAAGGUUUUUUCAAAGAUAAAAGAUGAAACAAAGUCAAUAUCUGCUUCACAUAACAUGACUAACAAUGCAACAGCUAUGUGUAAGAAGUUGGUAAUAGCUUAAUCAUGAUCAUUUGAGAUACAUUUUUUAUAGGCCUAACUAUAUCCAGAGUUGUAUGUUUAAUAUGUAUUAUGUCAAAGUAUUUAAUGUAAUAAUGACCAAAUUAAACAUGUCUAUAUAGUUUAUUUGAAUAUAAUUUUUUGGAUAACUAUUUCGUAUUUUCAUUUAAACUUUUAAAUACAUUAAGAGUCUUACAUUCCCUCACCUUCUAAUGGGGCUAUCAAUUCAGCCUGGUUUAAAUGUGGUAGGCUAUAGAGGUAUGUAAUAGCUGUUAUUUAAUAUAGCAAUAAGGACUUUCCCUAACGUUUCAUACC